AUGGUUGUCUACUACCAGGUCGCCGGCAAGAAGGUCGGCUCUCACGUCCUCUCCAUGGCUGUUCUCGGCUCCAUGUUCGCCGGCUCCUACCUCGCCAUGGGUGGUGGCUCCAAGCCCAAGACUGCUGAUGGUCCUCCCAUCAACGCCGCGUCCAAGGAAGAGGGCGACUUUGUCCAACAAUUCCUCAAGGAAAUGGACGGCGGAGACAAGUCUCAGAAACACUAG